AAAAACAUAAACAAACGGCUCGAAACGAAAAACAGUGCGCGAAGCAAGAAAGAUGUCCUUCUUCGCAAAGCGGUUCACAAAAACCGUGGCAGGACAGCAUUUACUGUCCGGCACAGUCCGGCAGAUGAGCCUGGUGGCCAAAGUGCUCCGAUACGGGGAGUUUGGGGAACCGGCCAAAGUGCUGCGACUGCAGGAGGAACCCGUGCCGGAACCGAAAGAUGGGGAAGUACUGAUAAGAACGCUAGGGGCCCCGAUUAAUCCAGCGGACAUUAAUACGAUUCAAGGAAAGUAUCCCGUUAAACCCACCUUUCCUGCGGUUGGUGGUAACGAGUGCGUCGGCGAAGUGGUCGCUAUCGGCGGGGGUGGUGGUGGUGGAGGAGCUAGUCUAAAGGUAGGCGAUCGAGUCGUCCCAUUUGCUACCGGUCUCGGAACAUGGCGCUCCCAUGCCAUCUACAGUGCAGGGCAGCUGAUGAAAGUACCGGCCGGUAUUGAUGUUGCGGAAGCUGCAACCAUCACCGUUAACCCGUGCACCGGUUAUCGGAUGUUGAAGGACUUUGUCUCGCUCGAAGCGGGCGAUACGGUCAUACAGAAUGGGGCCAAUUCGGCGUGCGGUCAAGCGAUCAUUCAACUGUGCCGAGCCUGGAACAUCGAGUGUGUCGGUGUUGUGCGAGAUCGGCCCGAAUUUGGACAACUAAAAGACUAUCUGAAAGGUCUCGGGGCGGCAGAAAUUCUCACCGAGGAGGAACUCCGAACGACAAAGCUGUUCCGGGAUGGAAUAUUCCGUAAACCGAAGCUGGCGUUGAACUGUGUGGGCGGUAAGAAUGCGCUCGAGAUGUCGCGUCAGCUGGAUCAGGCCGGUGUGAUGGUUACCUAUGGUGGCAUGUCCCGGGAACCGGUGACGGUACCGACGGCUUCGCUCAUCUUCAAGGAUCUCCGCUUUGUCGGCUUCUGGAUGACGCGCUGGACCAAAGAGAAUGCCGCCAGUCCGGCGCGGGCCGAGAUGUUUAACGAACUGUUUGGAUUGAUCGAUCGUGGAGCGCUGAAAGCGCCGGCACACGAGAUGAUUGCCUUCGACGAGUACAUAUCGGCCGUAACGAACGCACUCAACAUCCAGGGGUUUGUCGGGAAGAAGUAUAUCUUUAAGUUCUAAGUAAGCUGUGGUGCCGCUGCAACCGCUAUGGUUGUUGCCAUGGAUAGUGAAUAAAUACGUUGUUUUCGUUGUUUAAUACUUCA